AUGUCUACGCGAGCUUCAGGCCAAGUAAACCCACAUACAAUCAACGGGACGGGAGAAAAGCAAUUAUCGCAAAAAAUGUUAGAAGGACUUGAGUACGAAGUACGUGACGAGGCCGAAAUGCCACGCCCUGCCGCUCCCAGGAAAUCAGACCCUAUGUCUAUCUCCAAUAUGUUAUCUGCCGAUGUUUCAGAAGCCAAAAAGCCAGAGACUUAUGCUGCAUCUCUGCCGAAAGCUCCUGAAUCCACUUCGCCAAAGAUGAAUGGUGACAACAGGUCAACGACCGUAACCCCACGGCGAUCUACAGCGACGAAAGUUCCGUCGCCGAAGUCCAGCACUAGCAUGCAGAAUGCCCACAAAAACGACAUAUUGCCCUCGACACCGCCCAAAAACUCAACAGCGCGUAAGCGCAAGCAGGUGUUCUCAGUCAAGGACAACGAAAAAAUACUCAAAGAGAUAGCUAAGAUUGAUGCUAUGGGGUUCAGUGACCUUGAAUGCGAGGAAUUCGAGGAAGCAAAAUUACAACAUGCGAAACGAGCUGAACAACGGACACGGGAGAUAGGGUUGACAGAAGAGUCGAAACGCAAGCGUCGGCGCACAGCAGGAGGAAGGUCUUUAUCGAGCCAAAUUGGCUCAUAUGCCGAGGAGGGCAGACAACGCUUUCGAGCUUUGUAUGAGGCUGAAGUACAGGCUCAGGUUCAUCAGAAGGAGAUACAGGAUGAUAAAGAGCGAAAGAAGGACAUGCAGCGAAAAAGACGACGAGAACGAGCGCUUCAAACGCAGGCCAAGACAUACAAAGAUGCGUCUGAAAAGGCACAAACGGCUGAUAAUGAUGACGAUAGAGAACGAGCCAUUAAGGAGGCUCAACGAGCUGAGAAAAGACUGAAGACUACCAAACGAGCACUGGAGCGUCGCGAAGAGUCUGAUGGCAUUCGAGAGGUCACUCCGUUGGCCCCAAAUCUCGAGGGCGGCAUGAUGGGCACAUUUCAGACUGCGAGCAACCUAUCUCCUGAACCUCCAAGAAAGAAAAUCAAGGCUGUAGGGGCGUCGCGGCCCAAGAAAUCCAAGGAGAAGAAAGAGGCUGAGAAGGCUGCUGCCGAAGCUGGGUUCGCUGCAGGCUUACACACAAUACCGAGCAACGAACCUGUUGCCAUUGCUCCCAAAGAGGACUCCCCCAUGGACUAUUCGCGCGAAACGAGGCAAUCAAGAAGCCUCGCUAUGAAAGACGCUUCGCUUUCGACUCCCAAAGUUCUAGACUACGAUUCAAAAGGCUACAGCCAGAUAUAUGAGCAGAUUUGGAAAGACAUUGCUAAGAAGGAUGUGCCAAAGGUAUUCAGGAUCAAAGAAAAUUCCCUUGCCAUGAAACAAUCCAACCUACGGAAGACAGUGCAGUUGGCCUCUAAAGAAGCUAGAAGGUGGCAGUGGCGAACUAACAAGGGAACGAAAGAUGUUCAAGCUCGCGCCAAGAGGAGUAUGCGUGAAAUGAUGGGUUUCUGGAAACGCAAUGAAAAGGCCGAGAGAGACCUCAGAAAGAACGCAGAGAAACAGGAGCUCGAGAACGCGAAGAAGGCAGAAGCUGAUCGAGAAUCCAAUCGACAGAAGCGGAAACUCAACUUCUUGAUUGAGCAAACGGAGCUAUACUCUCAUUUCAUUGGCCGGAAGAUCAAAACAGAUGAGAUCGAAAAAUCGACAGAUAGCGCCGAGGUCGCCACGUCUUCAGAAACUGUUCAGGCAGGUAAAGCGGAUGCUCAUACUGUUACCUUGCCCGACGGAAGCGCCAAAACGGGCUCUAAGGUUACCAAUUUUGAGCAGCUUGACUUUGACGCCGAUGAUGACACUGCUCUUCGAGAAGCGGCCAUGGCCAACGCGCAGAAUGCUGUGGAGGAGGCACAAGCGAGAGCACGUGCUUUCAAUUCUGGCGGAGACGACUUGCAAGCUCAAUUCGAUGAUGGCGAGAUGAAUUUCCAGAAUCCUACCGGCAUGGGAGACAUCAAUAUUGCUCAACCCAAGAUGCUGGCUGCUCAGCUGAAGGAAUACCAGCUCAAGGGCCUUAAUUGGCUUGUGAAUUUGUAUGAGCAAGGCAUCAAUGGUAUUCUUGCAGACGAGAUGGGAUUAGGCAAGACAAUCCAAUCUAUAUCUGUCAUGGGCUAUCUUGCCGAAAAGUACAAUAUCUGGGGACCUUUCUUGGUCAUCGCGCCUUCUUCGACUCUGCACAACUGGCAGCAGGAGAUUACUCGUUUCUUACCAGGCAUCAAAUGUCUACCAUACUGGGGAACAGCCAAAGAUCGUAAAAUUCUCCGGAAGUUCUGGGACAGAAAGCACAUUACGUACAACCAGGAUUCUACCUUUCAUGUGCUGAUCACAUCAUACCAACUAGUGGUUCAAGAUACGCAGUAUUUCCAAAAGAUGCGCUGGCAGUACAUGAUCCUUGACGAAGCUCAAGCCAUCAAGUCUUCGCAAAGUUCGAGAUGGAAGUGCCUCUUGGGUUUCCACUGCCGCAACCGGCUGCUACUCACCGGCACGCCGAUUCAAAAUAAUAUGCAGGAACUUUGGGCUCUCUUACAUUUCAUCAUGCCAAGUCUGUUCGACUCGCAUGACGAGUUUAGCGAAUGGUUUUCGAAAGACAUUGAGAGUCACGCACAGAGUAACACGAAGCUCAACGAAGACCAAUUGAAACGACUACAUAUGAUAUUAAAGCCAUUCAUGCUCCGUCGGGUCAAGAAGCAUGUCCAGAAAGAGCUUGGGGACAAGGAAGAAAAGGACGUCUUCUGCGAUUUGACGUAUCGACAACGUGCUUUCUACACCAAUCUGAGAAACAAGAUCAGCAUCAUGGACCUGAUUGAGAAAGCUGCGGUUGGCGAUGAUCAAGACACUGCUACCCUCAUGAAUUUGGUAAUGCAGUUUCGGAAAGUCUGCAAUCAUCCGGAUCUUUUCGAAAGAGCCGACACUUCAUCGCCACUUUCACUCGUUCACUAUGCCGAGACUGCUUCAUUCCUACGAGAAGGCAACAACGUCAACGUAGCUUACUCAUCUAGAAACAUCAUCGAGUACGACUUGCCCAGGCUUUUGUGCAGUCCAGCAGCUCGACUUGAUGUAGCUGGACCAUCAAAUGCUAUCGCGGGGUCUAAAGGUCGCUGUCUUUCUGAGCUAAUGAACAUAUGGACACCAGAGAAUAUCCAAAACAAUACGUCCUCAGCAAAGGCCUUCUCUUGGCUGCGAUUCGCAAACACUUCUGUUGGUGAAACCUACAAGGCCUCACGUCGAGGAGUGCUUGAGCGAGCUGUAGAGCUUGUUACGAAAACCCCCACUCAUCGCAGGCCCCAAGUCUUAGACGAAGACUCAAAGACCGUUGUACCCUCACAUGCUCUGUUCAACAUACUCGAGCGCAAUGACCGACGUCCCCUGGCCGAUAUUGCUACGGAAGGUCGCAUGAAAUCAUUGCUCAAUGUAUCUCGGAAUGUCUUUCAGGAAAGCGGCCUGAGUGUCACCGAACAAUACACUCUUAUAGAGAAGGAGAACACAAUCUUCAACGUCCACGUCCGCAAAGCCCUUUAUGGGACCUCUGAGAAAACAGAAGCCGCUCUUCUAGAGGCGAAAUUAAAUCCUAACAGUCUUUCCGUACGCGACAUGUUGCCAGAGCCUGUCUCUCAAAAGGCUAGGUAUACCAAUAUUCAAGUACCCUCCAUGAGUCGCUUCGUAACGGACUCGGGCAAAUUAGCUAAGCUUGAUCAGCUUCUUCGCGAGCUAAAGGAAGGUGGUCAUCGUGUGCUGCUCUACUUUCAAAUGACGAGAAUGAUUGAUCUGAUGGAAGAAUACCUGACAUUCAGAAACUACAAAUACCUUCGUCUCGAUGGUUCUACCAAAUUGGAAGAUCGCCGAGACACAGUCGCAGACUUUCAGACCAAGCCUGAGAUGUUCAUCUUCUUACUCUCAACACGUGCCGGUGGUCUUGGUAUCAAUCUUACAGCAGCAGAUACCGUCAUUUUCUACGACUCCGAUUGGAACCCAACAAUUGACUCCCAAGCUAUGGACCGCGCCCAUCGUCUUGGUCAAACGAAGCAAGUCACAGUCUAUCGCAUGAUUACUCGUGGCACCAUCGAAGAGCGCAUCCGCAAGCGUGCUCUUCAAAAAGAAGAAGUGCAACGUGUGGUCAUCUCAGGAGGUAGCGGUGCAGGUGUUGAUUUCAAUACCAGAAGCAAAGAGAACCGUACAAAGGAUAUUGCUCUAUGGUUAGCAGAUGAUGAGCAAGCCGAGAUGAUUGAAAAGAAAGAAGCCGAAGUUGCUGCCAAGGGUGACGAGAAGGCAAGAAAGAAGAAAGGCGGGGUGCGUAAGAAAGAGAUCAGUCUUGAUGACAUGUAUCAUGAAGGUGAGGGGCAUUUUGAUGACAACAGUAACAAGCCCUCUGGUACUGCCACACCAAUUGAUGCUCCCGAGCCAUCAGGAUCGGGCAGGAGGAAAGGCGUAUCGAAGAAAGCAAAGACGAUCAAGCAACGGCUUGCUGUUGCUGACGGCAGCGCUGCAUGA